AUGUCCGUUAUCGAAAUCACCUCUGAGAGCCACUUCGCCGAGGUCACCAAGACCGCGCCGCCAACCAAGCUCCUUGCGCUCUACUUCCACACCCCGUGGGCCGCCCCCUGUAUCCAGAUGAACACCGUAUUCAACACGUUAGCGGAGGCGAACCCGAACGUGGGGUUUGUGGCGAUUAACGCUGACGACCACCCAGACAUUUCGGAGUUGUUUGACGUGACCGCUGUGCCGUACUUUGCGCUUAUCAGAAACGGCACCAUUGUCAAGGAGUUGUCGGGGGCCGACCCUAAGGAAUUUGUCGCUGCCUUGAAUGAGUCUAACAACGAGGGGACCACGGCUCCAGCCGCUGCUGCUCCAGCGACCGCCCCUGCCACUGAAAGCGAGGAGGAGUUGAACGAAAGACUCAAGAAAUUGACGUCUGCUGCGCCGGUGAUGCUUUUCAUGAAGGGGACGCCAGCCGCGCCACAGUGUGGGUUCUCGCGCCAGUUGGUGGCGAUUCUCCGCGAGCACCAGGUCAAGUUUGGCUUCUUUGAUAUUUUGAAGGAUGAUAGUGUGAGACAGGGCUUGAAGGCGUUCAGCGACUGGCCGACGUUCCCGCAGUUGUACGUGUCGGGCGAAUUCCAGGGCGGAUUGGAUAUUGUGAAGGAGAACUUAGAGGACGACCCGGAGUUUUUUGCGGCAGCAGUGUAA